AUGUGUCACCCCAACGGACUCCGCGUCCUUGUUUAUCAACGGAAGGCGAAGGCGAGAGAUAAGAAACAAAGGGGAAACAGCGGGGGCGAUCGCCCUUCGCUUCCGCAAGCGCAGAGCUCAAGCGCCUGGUCAGAUAGAAGCGCGAAGAUCAAGGCGGAACACUCACACGGGACCAGUUUCUAUCUCGUGGCAGCGAGGUGGCCUCGCGACGCCACCCCGCUGCCACGAGGUGAUCGUCAUCGCGUGAAAGGGGAACUCAUGUCGGACGGCGAUCUCCGAACACAAGUCCCGCGCCCGACGGACGAUUUCUACGGGGCGCCAAUUGGACCACUUCCGUUUGCUCGGGAAAACUUGCCGGAGACGAGACAAAACCUGUCGGGGACGAGACAACGUAAUUCAACUAUUCGAGAUGUGUUUGUACGAGGUAUACAUCCCCUAGAUGACAACGUAGUAUACACCCACAUUACCCUUAGCAUGGAAGCCCUACUCGCUCAGUUACAAGCCCAAGGCGUGGUGGAAUCACCCUUCGUGGAAGAAGAAUGGAAGCUUCCAAAAGUUAACACCCCGAUCAUUGAUCUGACGACCUCUUCCCCCUUCGAUUUCCCUCUAUACGAUCCAAUUCCUUUGCCCGACGAGGAAGAGGAGGCGGAACUCGACAUCGAAUGCAUUCCCUCUCCCCUAGCCGCCGUGCAAGACCUCUACCAACUUGCCGAUGAGAUUACCGACAUAAACCUCCCUCCCGACCUUCCCGACCAACCUCCAAGCGAUGACUUCCAUGUUCGGCUCCCCCCUAUCAGCCCCACUGUUACCCUUACUGCUCUCAUCGACGCUGUCAAUCUGCAUGGCAAACAGAAUGGCUAUGCUGUACGCAAGGGCAGUACAGCUAAAGAUAGGAAAGGCGAAGUUGCAUAUGUGUAUCUCGUAUGCCCGUGCAAGGAUAUUUGGGAAGAGGAUAUUGACACGGGCGAGAUGGUCAAACUCCCUGGGCUUUGUCUCUAUACGCAGAGCACAGGCUUACCCUGCAAGCACGUGUUUGAUAGUCUCAUACGCGGAGUUAGAGUACAGCCUAUCAAACUGCACGAGAUACACAGUCAUUGGCAUCUCGUACACGAGAACCAACUGGUAGAAGAGGCGCAAGCGAUCGGGCAUUAUGUCCCCCGUAUCGUUACGAGGGAAACAGGCGACUUGGAACUACGAACAAGGGCAAACAUCGCUCCUCCAAUCGUCAAUCGAUACAUCCCUGUUGAUCGAGAUGCUCUUCCACCGAGGGCAGAAGAUGAUCCAACCAUUCUCGACCCCAUGAAGGCGGUACACGUGGGAAAAGAAAAAAAGAAAAAGAAGAAUGCUGUCGCGCCGAGCUAUCAACAGUCGCAUGGCUUGGCUGAAACACUAGCUCGUAUCGAUCCACCGGCUGCUGUCGAUACUCCUGUUGCCAAGACAGGCAGAGCCUAUUCUCGUCACGAGAACAUCAUCAAUCAAGAACGGGCUCGGACCUCGAGCGCACCUGCUACAACAGAUAGAGCUCCAGUCUCGUGCAGUGUGUGUGGGGGGCCACAUAACUACCGUUCACCCAAGUGCAAGCAAGGCCUGGCAAUUGUGCAAGCUGAGGUAUUAGCAGGAUCUGCUCGUCGAGCAGCAUCGCAACAAUCGAACAACGGUAGAGCGAUGAGCACCCUUUCCAUUGAAAGAACUCCAGGAACCGAUGUCCACGAAAGGCAGGGGGACCUGAGCGUUGAUCCCCCUUUCACUUCAAUUCACCUUUAUUCACCUACUCUUCAAUUCGGGACUCGUACUCGGACUUGGAAUAAGUGGGAUUCAUUCUCUUGUUUACUUUUCAAACUCAUUUUUGCAACCAUGAACGACCUCGACUCCGAUGAAGAACUCCAGGUGGUCUCGAAGGCGGACAAGGCCCUCUUGAACGCCCAGCAUCAGAUUCAGGCUCAGAACGAAGAGCUCGCCAAACUCUUUCGUCUCGAAUAUCUCCUCGAAUGGCCGGAAAACCUGCCCCGUUCCGGUCUUAAAGCUCACCCGACCGGCUUCGUCUCGUUCGAGGAUUGGAUCGAUCAAUAUGUUGCGGCCAACAACGAGGCCCAACGUAUCGCCAAGGGGGGAAAGAAGGGAAUCGAUCAUUCCCCCUCCAAGAAGACCCGCAGGCAGAUCGUGUCGAAGGUCGACGGCGCCGAAAUUCCCUACCUUCCUAACGACAACACCAAGCCGGUCAUGCGUCUCAGCACUGGGGCGUACGUUGCCUGUCUUCAGAUCAAGGUCGACAAAGGCGGGGUGAAGAACGACAAGGCCGGGUGGAGGGACGACCAGACGAUCGCCGAGAUCAUCGUCGACGAGGAAGAACGCGCGGUUCUUCCUAUCUUCCCGCCCGUGGACUUGCUGAUGGCGUGGUUGAGGCCUAACCGAUCCGGGAAGGUCAACAUCAAGCCGAUCAACGGCUGGUUGGAUCAAUGGCGCGGUGGAUGGCAGGUCGCCUGCCUAGGUUGUUACCAAAGGGUGAUCGAGAAGAACGAGCCCCCUUCUUACAUCGAUGAGAACCAGCUCGUCGUCAGCAACCCCGGUAUCGAUCCCGACAACAUUCACCGCCCCCUCGUCCACUGUGUCAAGUACGGCCCCGUCUUCCUCUGCCGAAAGAACCUUGGGUCGUCCGACGAACGCACUUGCGGCCAAUGCAAGGACAAGAAGGCCGUCUGCCACGCUCGGGACCCUCGUGUCGGGGACAUCGCCAACGACCCUGACGCUCAUCCGAUGAAGAGGAUCGACGCCGUCCUUGAGACGAUCUUUUCCCAAGGUCAAAUGACCAAGGAGGCUCGACAAGGACACGUCCUGCUCAUUCGUGAGCAGUUGAAGGCCAAUCUCUGUCACGCGGCUCGUGGUCACGACGGGAACCACCCUUUCGUCUCUCACAAGGAGCACAUCACCGGUUCCGACGACGAGAACUGA